AGUCAGCUCUGACACACUAGAAUCGGUAAAUCUUGAAAAGGAUCGAAUAGAAAGAAGCUUUCAGGGGACAGAUUUUACGAAAGGAUGAUGACAACGUUGAAACACGUUACCACCUUAGUCCUCGUGCUUGGCCUCUUUUGUGUCAGAGUUAGUCGUAGUAUAGAUUCUGCUGCACGGCAUGCACAUGAACGGAAUAAUUCAAGCCCAGAGACGCCCCGCGCUCCAUUACAAAGACAUCACACAUACACAAACAGGAAACGUCAGGACAGGAGCAGAUACACCGAUGUGCAAAGGACAGGUGGGGGAGGUAUGAACCAGAGCUCCCAGAUUGCAUACACCUCUAUUGUACCGUUGAUAGCUGUUCUCGGAAUCCUGACAGUUCUGAUAAUGGCUAUCAAGCAAAGAUCGUUAUUGGUAAAAGUGCAUAACAUUGUGCACCGUGUGGAGCAAGGGUCCCGAAUAUACAGCUCAUUGACAACUGCACGUCAGCUCAGUUGCCCCCACAGUUACACAGCUGUGCGUUUCACAGUUGCUGAUCCAGAUAUCACCGACUCAAGACCACAUAGUUAUGUUGAUAUGUCACAGCCUUUGCAACGGAUGUAGAUAAACUCCCCAUACAAGAGGAAGCAAGUUGGGUGCACACUUUGGAGAACCAAUAAGCACAGGCAUGGUGCUUAAAAACCAAGGAUUGUUAUCGGGGGAAUCUGAAACGAAACCACGAAUCUUGCAAACGAGCACUGGCCGGGUCACCAGUGCCCCAUUAACAAAGGUUCAGACGAUGUGUUCCUUUACACACUGAUCACACCGUCUGAACCCCCUUCUUAAUGGGGCAAAGAAGGUUCAGACGAUGUGUUCCUUUACACACUGAUCACACCGUCUGAACCCCCUUCUUAAUGGGGCAAAGAAGGUUCAGACGAUGUGUUCCUUUACAGACUGAUCACACCGUCUGAACCCCCUUCUUAAUGGGGCAAAGAAGGGUUCAGACGAUGUGUUCCUUUACAGACUGAUCACACCGUCUGAACCCCCUUCUUAAUGGGGCAAAGAAGGUUCAGACGAUGUGUUCCUUUACACACUGGUCACAUCGUCUAAACCUCAUUCUUAAUGGGGCAAAGAAGGUUCAGACGAUGUGUUCCCUUACACACUGAUCACACCGUCUGAACCCCCUUCUUUAUGGGGCAAAGAAGGGUCAGACGAUGUGUUCCUUUACACACUGGUCACAUCGUCUAAACCCCCUUCUUAAUGGGGCAAAGAAGGUUCAGACGAUGUGUUCCCUUACACACUGAUCACACCGUCUAAACCUCCUUAUUAAUGGGGCAAAGAAGGUUCAGACGAUGUGUUCCCUUACACACUGAUCACACCGUCUGAACCCCCUUCAUAAUGGGCCCGGGGGCACAGAAGGUUCAGACGAUGUGUUCCCUUACACACUGGUCACAUCGUCUGAACCUCCUUCAUAAUGGGCCCGGGGGCAAAGAAGGUUCAGACGAUGUGUUCCUUUACACACUGAUCAGACCGUCUGAACCCCCUUCUUAAUUGGGCAAAGAAGGUUCAGACGAUGUGUUCCUUUACACACUGGUCACAUCGUCUAAACCCCCUUCUUAAUGGGGCAAAGAAGGUUCAGACGAUGUGUUCCUUUACAGACUGAUCACACCGUCUGAACCCCCUUCUUAAUUGGGCAAAGAAGGUUCAGACGAUGUGUUCCUUUACACACUGGUCACAUCGUCUAAACCCCCUUCUUAAUGGGGGCAAAGAAGGGUCAGACGAUGUGUUCCUUUACACACUGGUCACAUCGUCUAAACCCCCUUCUUAAUGGGGGCAAAGAAGGGUCAGACGAUGUGUUCCUUUACACACUGAUCACACCGUCUGAACCCCCGUCUUAAUUGGGCAAAGAAGGGUCAGACGAUGUGUUCCUUUACACACUGAUCACACCGUCUGAACCCCCGUCUUAAUGGGGGCAAAGAAGGGUCAGACGAUGUGUUCCUUUACACACUGGUCACAUCGUCUAAACCUCCUUCAUAAUGGGCCCGGGGGCAAAGAAGGGUCAGACGAUGUGUUCCUUUACACACUGGGCACAUCGUCUAAACCUCCUUCAUAGUGGGCCCGGGGGCAAAGAAGGGUCAGACGACGUGUUCCUUUACAGACUGACCACAUCGUCUAAACCUCCUUCUUAAUGGGCGCAAAGAAGGUUCAGACGAUGUGUUCCUUUACACACAGAUCACAUCGUCUAAACCUCCUAAAUGGGGACAAAACGAUAUAGAUUAUUUUGUCAUUUUAUUAUUUGAACUUUAUUUGGAAUGAUCAUUUGUAAUGCUUUAUGAAGUUAUCAUUGUACAAAAUUACUCAAAAUGUAUUAUAAUCUGUCA